UCUGGGAAGUGUAGUUGUAAGGUCCGCGCAGGCGCAUUGUGAAGGGGGCUCUAGUGGCGGCCCUUCACUUUCCUGAGGUAGUCAAGCGUGUCCGGAAGCUGAUCUGCAAGGGCGUGAGCACCCUCAUCCACUGGUCACCAUGGGCACUGGAAGGAUGGCCACCCAGCCACUGACCACGAAGGCCCUGGAGUCUGUGGCGUUCAGGGAUGUGAUGGUGGACUUCACCCAGGAGGAGUGGCAGCAGUUGAAGCCUGUUCAGAAGGACCUGUACAGGGAUGUGAUGAUGGAGAUCUACUGGAACCUGGUCUCGCUGGACUUGGAGACUAGACCUGACACAAAAGAAUCAGACCCACAGGAGAACAGCUGUGAAGACAGACCAUCCAUUGCUGUAGUGGCCAAAAGACCUAUGAAGAAUGGUGACGGGAAUUGUGCUUGUGAAGGAGCAGGGUCACAGGAAGACUGGGUGGGAUGGGAACAGGGGAACCCAAGAACCUGUCUGGGGCCAUUGGACAAAUCCUACACGUUAGCCCCUGAAUGUCGUGAAUUUAAGGCAUUUGUGCCCCAAAGCCUCAUGCCAGCCCCACUGAGAUCUGAAGGACCAAGAGGAUCAGGGAAGUACCUGUUCACCACAUGUAGGAAUAACUCAAGUACUUCAAGCCUUGGACCUCGCUCCAAAUUCAGCACAGAUAAGAAGUCCUGCAAUAACAGGGACUAUGGCAAGACUUUCAGCUGUAGCUCAUCCCCAAAAGAACAGCAACAAAUCCAUAACAGGGAGAAGCCCUUCCCCUGCACCACAUGUGGGAAGCAGUUUACCUCUGGGCAGUCUAAUGUCACCCUCCACCAGUGUGUGCAUACUGGGGAGAAGACAUACAAGUGUGGGCAGUGCAGCAAGGCCUUCAGGGAAAACAGAAGCCUAAUUGCACACCAGAGGAUGCACACUGGGGACAAGCCGUAUUCAUGUGAGUUCUGUGGAAAGGCCUUCACCCGAAACAAAUACUUCAUCAAGCACCAGAGCAUACACACUGGGGAGAGGCUAUAUCCUUGUGUGGAGUGUGGAAAGGCUUUCAGCCAGAAAUGGAAACUCAACCUACACCAGAGGAUACACACUGGAGAGAAGCCUUACCUGUGCAGGCAGUGCAGCAAGACCUUCACCCGGAAUAGGAGCCUCAUAGUGCAUCAGAGGUCACACACAGGGGAGAAGCCUUACAAGUGUGCAGAGUGCAACAAAGCCUUCAGUGAUAACAGGAGCCUCAUCCUGCAUCAGAGGACACACACAGGGGAGAAGCCAUACAGGUGCAGUGAGUGCAGCAAGGCCUUCACCAGGAACGAGUACCUCAUCACACACCAGAGGACACACACUGGGGAAAAGCCAUACAUGUGCGAGGACUGUGGCAAGGCCUUUAGAAUGAACAGGAAUCUUAUAGUGCACCAGAGGAUACACACUGGGGAGAAGCCAUAUGCGUGCAGGGACUGUGGCAGGGCCUUUACCAGGAACGAGUACCUCAUCGCACACCAGAGGACACACACUGGGGAAAAGCCUUUUACCUGUCGCCAGUGUGGCAAGUCCUUCAGGCAAAAGUCUUCACUCUGGAGGCACAGCCUUGUGCACACCAGGGGGUAGCCCUACCAGUGCCUCACGCCAGAAGUGCUUCAUGGGGUUCUCAACCCUGCAGGAGCACCAAACCAACCACACAUUAGAGAAGCCCUAUAAGUGUACCCAGUGCAGCAAAGCCUAGGUCAGGAACUUCUUCAUCCCUCUCCACCACAGGAUGUACAUGGGAGACAAGCCCUACACAUGGGGCAAGUGCAGAACAUCUUGUAGCCUGUCAAGGCUAGCAGGUUCACUUUGGAUUCAGGCAGAUGGAAAAAAGUUGUGGAGCCCUGGGGAUGCUUGACAUGCCUUUACUCAAUGGUGGGCAAUCCAUGCAUGCUGCAAGCUGCAUGUCCCCCUUAUAUAUUAAAUACAGACAAAGCCAGUGGAGAGCCAGAAUAUUGUAUAACAGCAUGAUUCUGUGCCUAUGAGCUUUCUCAGUGUUAUGGGAACAGAUUAUUGGACCCGGUCUCAAGGCUAUGAGGACAUAGCUUACCUUAGUUUCCCAGAUAGCUGGAUGAGGGAAUCAGACUGCCUCCAUUUAUCCUACACAGAAAACCUUCAUCAGGACCUUCAACCUCAUGCUACACCAGAGGAGGUUACACACGUAUAAGAGGGGCAGGGAAUCUCAGAAGCCCCACACUACUGGGAGGUCUUGAGCCCUUGGGCAAGUGCAAGACUUGACAUUUGGAGCCCAUGGGUAGGACACAAGAAAAGUUAUGCCCAGACAGGUCCUAGGGAUGUGAGCUUUGGAGAUAGCCACACUAUGCUCACCAUUUGCUUCCAUAGCAUCUGUAUGGCUAUGUGGAAAGUAAGUCCCCCUAUAGGUUUGGUAUCUGGGAGCAUGGCCAGGGCCACUGUGGCUGAAGACUGAACUGGGGUAAACUGUUGUAUGGGUUUGGACAAGGCAUUUCAUGUCUCAGGUUUUCUAUCUCCUUGAUAGUAAAGUGGAGAAUUAGGAGGAGGAAGGAAAGGGCAGGUGGGCUCCAUGGGGACAUUGUCACUUUGUCAUACAUGCCUGUAUGUUUGCUCAUUUUCCCCACACCUAGUCCCUUGUUUCCCUGCAACACCAACUGGAGAGUCUCACCCUUGUAAUCUGUAGAAUUUACCAGGUGGGUCACGAGGAGAAAAACUUUGGAGGGGAUUAAGAAUUAACAGAAGUUGCUUCAUAUAUCAAAGUUUCUCAUAGUGAUGUACUAAAAAUUCUUUUAAAAUAAGACUUUAAUUAAAUGAGACCAGUGUCAUUUUAAACAGUUGCAGGUACAAAACAUGCAGGGACCAGUUGUCCUGUCCAAAUCAGUAUCAGUGAUUGGGGAGAGGGAACAUGAAUACUCCACAGGAACCCCCAGAAACCAGCAACCUACCCUAGUGCACCUGGUCCUCGCAGCCAAGGAUUCCUGGCUUGGGAAUGGUCACAAUACAUCUCAGGCCUGUUAUCAAAGCAGGUAUCCUUGGGGUUUGCUUGUCUCCCAUGACAAAGGAGAAAUAUGAGCAGGAAAUUACAUCUGUCCAUCGCCCCUCCACACAUAUACUCCCACCAGCAGCAUGAGGAGACUCAGUGAUAUCUUAAUCACUGAAACUUUAAGGGAGACCAAUGUCAUUUUAAACACUCAUCAGGGGCAAAAGGUACAGGUACAGGUUUUCCUGUCAAAAUGAGUGUCAACACUUGGGGGCAGGGAGUACAAAUACUCCUGAGGAACCCCAGGAACCCAGCAAUCCCCUCCCCAAUGUAUGAGGCCACCUGCCUCUCCCAGCCCUGCAUUCCUGGCUUGAGAAUGAUCAGUCCAGGUGGCAGGGCCCAGACCCUCUGCAAGGAGAUUGGGCAAAGGGCCCCUCUUGUAGAAACCCAGCUUUGUGGACCCCCACCUUGCAGGGGUGUUUCAGUUACAGCAGAAAAAUCCUCUCACAUCACAGAAUGAGCCCAACCCAUCCGCUGCAGGCUGUAACUCUUGGGAAAAUAAAGUGCCUUCAGUCAGGCAGGGGAAUUAGUCUAUGCCUUACUCAUAGCCUAGGUCAUGUUUUAGUUAAUAUUUUGUUACUGCUGCUGCCAGCGAUCUGUCACCAAUAAUAAAUAGCAAAGGAUAUAAGAACGGUGCUGUAUUACCUGUAACAAAUAAGGCAUUUAUUAAUAAAUGGGUAAUU